UUUUCUGAUUUUUUUUUGCAGAUACACAGUGCCAUUCCAAAGAACCAUUGCUCACAGCUGUGCUAAACUAUAAACGCUAUGCUUAACGAUAGAUAGUGUUUUAAGGGUUUUUCAAGCUCUGUGUUAUUUAUAUUUAGACGACGUAACGCUAUUAAUCGCAUCUCUCGUAAUAGCUUCACACGCUAGAGUAGAGAUAAUCGUACGGAUGAAAAAUCUGGAGAACCCAGUCGCGUUUGUACAUAAAGAUUCAUUGAAACGAGCAAGCGAAUUGUGAUUCAAAUCGUUUAGAGAUGUUACCAAAGGGAGAUUGAACCAAUUUUCUACGCAGAGCUCUAGAAGGGUAGAAUAUGACCAAAGGUGUAAAGACAAAUCUGUACUGGUAGCAAACUCUCGGUGGCAUUUCGCUAUGUCUUGAGCAACGCCAUUUAAAAGGAGAGGAAAAAAAAAGUUUAUUUUGACAUUUAAACUACGAGCGGGGUAUCGUCGCGCGCUAAACAUGGCGAGAAAAAGUGACAAUGCGAAGAGCAUCAACGUCGCGGUGGUCGGGCUCUCCGGCACGGAAAAGGACAAGGGGCAGGUUGGCGUCGGCAAGUCGUGUCUGUGCAAUCGCUUCAUGCGUUCCAUGAGCGAUGACUACAACGUGGAGCAUAUUUCGGUGUUGUCGCAGUCUGACUUCAGCGGACGUGUGGUGAACAAUGACCACUUCUUGUACUGGGGCGAAGUAUCGAAAACGGCGGAGGACGGGACGGAGUUUCAGUUUCAAGUUAUAGAGCACACGGAGUUCAUAGACGACGCGUCGUUUCAGCCGUUCAAAGGCGGCAAAAUGGAACCGUAUGCGAAAAGAUGCGCCGCUACGAAGAUCACGAGCGCGGAGAAGCUCAUGUACAUCUGUAAGAAUCAGCUGGGCAUAGAGAAGGAAUACGAGCAGAAGGUUCUAGCUGACGGUAAAUUGAACAUCGACGGAUUCUUAUGCGUGUUCGACGUGAGCCUCGUGCCGAACAGGGCAAUAGAGAAGCAGGUUGAGCUUGUGGCGAAUAUCCUGAACAAUUUGAUGAAGGCGAAGAAGCCGAUAGUGCUGGUAACGACCAAGAAUGACGACGCGAACGAGCAGUUUGUCAAGGAGGCCGAGAAGCUGAUAAUGCGCAAAGAGUACAAGGGAUCGAUUUUGAUUAUCGAGACCUCGGCGCACGAGAACAUCAACGUCGAUCUGGCGUUUAUGAUCCUGGCGCAGUUAAUCGACAAGACGAAAAUGCGCAGCAAAGUGGUGCCGUUCGCCGAAGCAGCCAGGGCCAGGAAGGAACUUCUGGACGCGUCGACGGAAUCGUUACAGCGAUUGAUCCGGAUACACGUGACCGAUUAUCGCGCCUUGUGGUCACAGGCCUCGAAGAAACUCGCGCAGCUCAAGGAAUUCUCCACCUUCGUAGAGUUAUUCGGUAUCGAGGCGACGCAAAGACUGUUCAGAAGGCAUAUUAAGAAACUGAAAGACGAACAGAUAGCGAAGAAAAUACAGGGCUACCUGGACAUGUUGCCGGAUAUACUUCAUGAGAUCUGUCCGGAUAUAUCGAAUUUAAUUAACGAAGAAUGGUCGGCGGUGCAGCAAUACAUAAAGGCGCAUCCCGAUUUCGAUCAGUAUUUCUACGAGUGCCCCGAAGACAUACCGUGGAUCGAUUGUGAUUUUGGAGAAAACAACGGCACGAAAAUUCCAUAUGACGUGCUGGAGACUCCCGAGGCAGAAACCGUAUUUAAGAAUCAUAUAAAUGCUUUACAGCAAGAGCAACGGCGAUUAGAACUUCCGAAAAGGUGGAAGAAACAAUUUAAGCAGUUGUUGGAGGAAACUGGCUAUGUUACGCCUGGAAAACAUUUGUCUGAAGUUAGAGUUUUAUUUAUGGGCAGGGAAUGCUUUGAGGAGCUUUCUCAUCACGAUUGUCAAGAAAUUUAUGAUCAGCAUCAAAAGGAAAUUAUUGAAAAGGCAAAACAUAAUUUUCAGGAAUUAUUGUUGGAACAUGCUGAUCUAUUUUAUCACUUCAAGAGUGUAGCUCCAACUGGAACUAUUACACAGGAUGAUAUAAAAGAUAUUACAGAUGCAUUACUGGAUGACUUUAGAUACAAAGGGUUAAAUAAAUUAGAUCAAGACAGAAAGUUAAUGUUGUUUCAACAUUUGGGAUUUGUACAUUGUCCCAUAAGGGAGCAUUGUCCUGCUUAUCCAAAUUGCAUGGAUGCACUUAUAGAAAGAAUACUCGGAACGAAAGCUCACAGACCUUCCUCAUGGAAUCACAGUAGCCAGUGGCAGUUAACAUCGGACAACAAUCAAUUAAAUUUAGUUAUACUUGGAAGUAACGGGCUAAGCGAAGAAUUUGCUCGUGAAAUAAGGGCACAAACGGACGACGACGAAGUGGAAAUAGAUUGUCAACUCUACACCCUCGGAUAUCGCAUCAUUGACGGCGAUGUUGGACUGCCGCAUAAUUCCUUCACUACCUCCGAUUUCAUGCCACAUGGAUCCUUUUGUAUCUAUUCGAAUGAAGAUUCAUUCGAAUACAUUCGAUCCUCUUUAGAGAAAACCUUGUUAUCAAAUCUAGAGCAAGAGGACAGACUACCAUUUCAAGGAUUGCCCAUUGUAAUAAUGUUUAUACCAGAAGCCAGUAUCGAUGAAAUGGAGGCUAUGAAGCUCAGAGAAGAAGGACAAAAUCUUGCUGAUAGUUUGCAAUGUCCGUUUAUCGAUGUCUGCAUAGACGAUCUGGAGCAGGAGAAGCAUAAGAGAUUCCCGAGUUCAUUGGUAAAGGAUGCUUUGCAGCAACUUAUACAGUCCAUAAACCACAGAGCUGGUUUUUUAAACAUAUAUCAAAGCGUUAUCGAAUGUUUGGAACCUGAUAUUAGGAUAAUAAUGUGUAUGUUCUGCGGCGAUCCUUAUUCGGUCGAGAACGUUCUCGGUCCUUUACUGAAUCAUCAAUGCUGCUUUCUCAGCGGAGAUAGAUCUAUAGUUUUGGAAACGUUUUUGGGAGAAUGUAAGCGUCGAGUCGAAGUCAUUAUCUCGAGUUUUCACGGAGCCAAUGCGUUCAGAGAUGAAUUAGUACAUGGUUUUAUACUCGUCUAUUCCACAAAGAGGAAAGCCUCUCUCGCGACUCUAAAUGCCUUUUCCACCAACAUACCAAAUCUGCCAAUACAAAUAAUGGCUGUGACCGAUACUGGUGGUGCAAAUGCUUUCUUCAGUAACGACUUAAGUCAUCUACUUAUCACAGAGGGAAACGCGAUUGCAGAUAAAUUGGAGGCGCAUUUUAUGACAUCCGCAUCCAGCUGUCAACAAAAAACCGCGUUUUACACACCUUUCUUCAAAGUGGUGUGGGAAAAGAAACCGGAGAUCGAGCAGGCGUUUAACAUGGAGGAGCCGGGGAAUUUGAAUGACAGCGGAGAAGGCACCCUGGAGUAUUCGGCUUUACAUCCGAUGCCGCCACCACGACACGAGAGCUAUCACCUUCAAACGCCGGAUGACGGUAUGUCUGUAACUUUUAGGAGCGGCUCCGAGUCGUACGAACAGUUGACGCCCGACGGUGAUCUGGGUGAUACCGGAUUAACCGAACAAUUCGCCGAUCACAGAGCCACACCGAGCGACGACAGUGACAUUUACAGCCAGGUCGAUUUCUAUCGAGAGGAGAGGGAGAGAGAUCUAAUGAAAAAUGAAGAUAUCACGAAUAAAUUAUCUGGUUGGGUAAAGGACACAUUCAUGCAUCAAGACGGAGUUACAAACAGUUACUCGCACAGAGCUUUCACGACAGGUCGACGAUAUAUCUCACAGGCUAAGCCACGACCGAAAGGCAACAGUCAGACUUUAAAACAGCCUGGGAAAAUCAAUCUGAAGGACUUUUCCAAUGUAACGGAUGUGAUAGCCAGGAUGACGAUCGGCGAGAAGGACGAGCACGGCCCGAAACUGACAAUGGGUCACGCUCCUCUCGCCACUCCAGAACUUGUGGACCUCGGCACCGAGUACGCGCAGGUGAAGGACGUCGUUCCGAACAUGUACUCAGCCUACGACGGCGAUUAUAUGUACGCCUUGGUGCAAGAUUCUAUCGGCAACAACAAAUCCAAGUUGCGCCACCGACGAGAAAAGGGACAGCCAUCAUACAGCGAUUCUGAUUCGGAGUGGAGUUCCUUGGAGAGACAAAGGGCAACGGAUGUUUUGAGCAAAGGGAAUAAAAAGCUUUCGUCGCACAAACGAAUACGCAAGAAACGCACGGCAAUACCAGUCGCGACGCCAAAAGUGCCGUCAUUGGCCAGCAUGGGUAGCGGAGACGGUAUAGUCGGCCUGAACUACAACAUGAAAGACGAGAAAAAUUGGCGCGUCGAUCCCACGGAGAGAGUAUCUAGCGAAACGCCCGAUACUUCCGAAUCGAGCGAUCCGGAACACACGAGAUCCAGAUCGAAACAAUAUAAAUACGCCGCAACUAGUUUGCGGAAAAGAUUUUCCGGAAAUUCUCUGCAACAGCAAUACUUACAACACCCGUUUAAUAUGAAACAUAUGACGCAGGAGAUGUUCAGCGCCUCCUCCAAGCAAAGGGGUGAAAAUACGUUUGGCAUUCCAGAUGACGAAUCAAGUUUAGAUGUUUCCUCGCCGCGUGAAAUUAAUUCUCCUAGUUUUGGUAUAUUGAAUAAGUCGAAGGACAGCGACAAGUUAACCAGGAAGAAAGACAAGCAAAAGGCAAAAGAGGACGAAAAGUUGGAGAAAAGAAGGCAAAAAGAGGAGAAGCUCAAGAAGCACGCGGAGAAGGAGAAAGAGCGGGAAAAGAAGAAACAGGAGAAGAUAAAACAGACCAAAGGCCCGGGAGGAACACCGAUCUCGAGUCAGUCGCAGCAACCUUUGAUCGAGGAUUUUGCACAGAGCGAAACGAAUCGGAUACCUUUGUUCCUCGAAAAGUGCGUUCGAUUUAUCGAGGACGAGGGAUUAGAUUCGGAAGGAAUAUAUAGGGUGCCCGGUAACCGUGCGCACGUGGAAUUGCUUUUCCAAAAGUUCGAAGAAGACGGUAAUGUCGACAUACAUUCUUUGGAUAUUCCUGUAAAUGCUGUUGCUACAGCCCUCAAAGACUUCUUUUCCAAGAGAUUACCACCGCUCAUCGACAAGGAACGCAUGAGCGAAUUGGAAGAUAUAUCAGGUGCACGAGGUAUUAGCAAACCUAUGUCAGCUACUUGCAUGAACAUGGAAGACCGAAGCGGGAGAUUGUUAGCCCUGCGUCUGAUGCUUAACAAGUUAAAUCCAGUAAACUUUGACGUUCUCAAAUUUAUCUUCCAGCACUUCGUAAAAGUCGCAGAGAAUUGUAAACUCAACAGUAUGGAUAGCAAGAACUUAGCGAUUUGCUGGUGGCCUACGUUACUACCGAUUGAGUUUAACGACCUCGGCAGAUUCGAAGCUAUGAGGCCGUACCUGGAGGACGUAGUUCAAACGAUGAUCGAUCAGUAUCCUUUCCUGUUCUGUGGCGAGGAUGCCGUUGUGAUGGUGUAGUGACUAAACGUAUUACCUAGCCAUGCAGUGCAUAGUUCUCAACGUCUGUGCGAAGAGGCUGCAGUAUUUUUUGUGGACAACGGUGGUAGAAGCGGCGCGUCCGGCCGAGACCUCGCAAUAGCGCGCCUGCCUCGUGAAAUAAUCCGAUAUGAUUUUUUUUAUACGUUAUCGACAGUUGCGAUACAGGCGUAAACGAUUGGUCUCAAUAUAUAGUUUGUAUUAAUACUAAACUUCGCUUUAGUGCACUCGUAAUACAACUAACACAAGUCCCACGUAGGCGCAACGUGGACGAGCAAAGUCUCUAUUUAAGUUCAGUCAUUCACAUUCGUUCAUUUCCGGGGUGUGUGACAAGCAAGAUUUCCCCUUGCGAAAUCGAUCGAUCGAUGGUCCUAAGAUGAUGGUUAUUCGCUUACGCGGAUCAGAUAACGCAAGAAUAAUAAGAGUCAAUCCAUGUGUCAUAACAGUAUGCAUGUAUCAUGUUGGAUGUAUCCAGAGCGAUGUAUUUAUUGAUAUUGUACUAGGGAUGUAUGAUUCGAUAUUUGAUAAUAGCGAUUAGCUUUACAUGGUUAUUGAGAUCGAUGUCGUGCUUUUUUUAAUCGCUUUUUUUCGCUCCGUCUUUCCGUUUUCUUUCCUCGUGUCUUCUUGUCCAUAUUGCCAAGAACGAAAGUGUUAAGCGCAAAGUGAUGAUAUUAAUGUAGUCUCGUUAAAGAGACUGUUAUUAGUAUUUAAAGGAGGGCGUGUCCAGCCCACAUUUACGAAAGAUACGAAAAAACGUAUAUAAAACGAGAUUUAUCGUCGAAUAAUAUCUAUAUAAAUAUAUAUAUUAUAUAUCUCACAUAGCAACGAUAUCAAAAAUCCCAGAAUAUUUAGCGCGUUUCCUUUUUGGCCAAUGCACAAAUCGCCUCUCGAGUGUAUUUACUUUUGCAUUCUAUUGAUGUAGAUUAGUCGUGCAAGAAUUUUUUAAAUAGUUUUUAUCAUGUCAGGACCGAGCGAAUUCAAACGACGAUACAAUCCGUAUAUUUAUUCCGUCUAAAAAAAUAUAAAGUAAAAACGAAAAAAAGAAACACGAAAAGCGUUACAUGUAAUUGCACAAUGUCUUGACAAAUAGCGAUAAUAUUCGUAUGCGAAGGAAAACGAAGACAGAGAUAAAAAAGCAUUUUGACAAGUUUCGCGUAUGUAACAUUUGCAAACGCAUGUAAAAGUGGAAUCGAAGUAACUUAAGAAAUACUUAGAGCUACGAACGAUAUUAAAGUUUCUUAAAGCGGAUAUGUAUAUAGAAUUCUAACGAUCUAAGAUACAUACGAAGCUCGUAAGACAUGAGACACUAAAUUCAUAGGAACUUUUUCUUUUAUUUUCCGAGAAGUCCGUUUUACGUAAUGAGCUGACGUUUUGUCGUUCGUAUCUUCGCAGAAACAGAAAGUAUUUAUUAACACGCUACCGUCGCGCAUAAGAGAUUCAGGAUCGACGAGUUAAGAGAAGAAGAAUUGUACCGUCUAACUUUUUACAUUUAAUAAUCGGGAAGAAAACGUAUGUUCAGACACGUCAAUUUAUUUUCUCGCUGUCUGCUUUCGAAUUCGCACGAAUCCGCGGAUCUAGCGGGUUGAAUUUUCGUAGGUGUGCCAUAACUUAAACUCGAUGUUUAACGAUCAUAAUGACAAGAUGUAUGCCUUUCGGCGGCUCAACAUUCGAAAGUAAGCGUGUGUCGUUUAAACACCGAUCGCGAGCACUCGCGAUCGCGGUGUAUUUACCGAGAGAUACUUAAAUAUUGCCUCUGAAUGUUGGAGCCAUUAUGAAUAAGAGAAAAAAAGGAAAAGAAAGCGACAACAAUACACAACGCGCAUACAAGUACACGCAACACUUUUGUAACCCGAAGAUUAAUCGCAAACAUUCCCGUAAGGAACGUCGAUGUUACUUUAUAUAUAUAUAUCUCGCGAGAGACGCGUUUUAAUCGAACCGAGUCCGUGAUCCUGGGAGUAAAAAUCGUGAACGAAAUCUCGUGAUCGUUUCACGAGAGAAAGAGAAAUAAAAAAAAAGGAGAGAUCUCUUUUUAUCGACACGGACCGUCGUGGAAAACGCGCGUCUCGCGAACACAAUCGCUCUGUAUUUGUAAGGAAAUCGUUGUAACGAUAUUUCUACAAUCGACGCGUCGCGAGGACGCGCGCGACGGGAGGAAGAAAGAAGGAACGGAUCGUACAUUCCCAUUUAGUCGUAAAAAAAAGAGGAAAAAAAACAAAUUUUAUACAUUCGUACGUACGUAAUUGUAUAAUGUUCUUAAAAUAGAUAGGGAAAGACGUCGAUGCUUUACGUAUGGGAUCUCGAACGCCGAAAGACGUCGCGCGACCCCGUCAACGACGUGACCGACUCACGUCGACGACGAUGAGCGAAGUGGCGCGUGUCGGAGCAGUUGGAAACGCUCGCUUGGGUGGAUAUUUCAAUACUCCCGUUAUCUUUGUCUAUUUUACAUGUCUAUUUUACGUGUGUCGAAUAGACAAUUGAUUUAGAGCACUUAGAAAGCUUUUCCGCGAGUAAGAUUGUUUGCACCAGCUCUUUCGUUGUUUAAAGGGUCAAAUCAGUGUAACCGCCUGAAAAGUAGAAGUAUUUUUUACAAUUUUUUUCUAGAAAAAAUUUAAUGAUGAAUUAAAUGGAAACGAUAGAAGACUGAAAUGUUUAAAUUUUUCUGACGUCCCGUGGCAUAACAGUUUUUGUACAUUUACUCAGAAAGCUUUAGGACAAGUUAUAAGAACAUGAAAAAGAAUAUUUUUUAAUAGAAAUAUAUUUCCAUAUUUUUAUAUUGGUAAUAAAUUAUGAUUUGUAAUUUUAUUUAGUAAAAUUAUAUUAAAAAUAUUCUUUUUUUUAUGUUUUUUUAGCUUGUCCGAGAAAUACUUUCGUAUGAAAAUGUACUAAAACAUUUACCCAAGAACACUAAACAGAAUCUGGAUCGGCUAUGCCGCGUAGUGCGCCUGAGAGCUUCAAUACGCUUGUACAAAAGUAAUCAUAACUUCUUAUUAAUUCUUCAAAUUUUGGCAUAAGUCUCGCGGCAAAAUAAUCUUAUAAAAGUCCAUACUAUUUCUUUAAAUUAGAAAAGGAUCGGUUCUUUUUGUUUUUUAUACUGGUCUAACCCUUUAAAAGUUGCCCCUAAAAAAUAUAUCUCUCAGCGUCGAUUGUCUCUGCUUAUCCGCGAUGUUAUUAGAACUUCCUUUACAUCGAGAUAAUAAUUUACGAAGAAUACUGUAAUUUUUACUGUAAUACAGUAAUUUUCCAAUUGGAUAUUUCGUCAAUAUGCUGUUAGCGCAAUCGUCAACAAAUCUACCGUGCGUGUUUCGUGUAAUACUUCUCAACAGCUUGCGAUCAUUAUUUCUUAUAUAACUGUCAUUUGUUCAGAAAUUUAGCGCAUACUAAAUGAUUAUACUGCGACGAUUGAAGAGUGCAACAGUAGCUCAACUCAUCUUAAAAGGACUCUCAAAAUUGAGGAAGGGAGAGAAUUGAAUUUAGAUUAAAUUUAUUUCUCUCUUUAUUUAUUUACUCUUAUCAAAAUUCAAAUAAAGUCAAUUCCAUUAAAUUUAUUCCCAUUUUGAAGGCAAGUAUACACUCGCCUUUAGAUCUCUUAAUCAUCAAGCCAUUGGGUGUUUUUAAUAAAUUGAAAAUGAGCUGGGCUUUUGCUGCAUCGAAUCUUCCGGUUAUAGUCUCGCCCUACGCAUCUACGAUGUAACGGUUAAGCAAUAGCAAAGAAACGAAUGUAGUGAUUAUUAUAUCUGAAGAAAUAUUCGACGACGGCCACAUGUAUAGUGAUCGCAAGAUUACCAAGUUCCACGUCCUUCGCACAGUAUUAGCGUCAUCAGUCAUCGGCAUCAACAUCGUUUUCAACAGCAUCAUCAUCAUCAUCAGCAACAUUAUCAACGUCGUCAGCAUCAACAUUAUUGCCAUCAACAUCAACGUCAUCAUUGUCAUCGUCGUCGUUAUCAUCCCUGGACACGUACCCAUCGAGUGUCUUCUCUCUCGCGAAGCCUAAGAGGGAGAAGAAAGAAAAAUCACUUUUCUACGAUACGUCCGUUAAGAUUUCCGCUUGUCCUUUCUCGCUGUCCGAGGACGGCCCAUGCGCGACCGGCCUCUCCCGUCGAACAUAAACAGAUCCUUAAAUUAUCGUAGCCUGUGAUAAGACGUAGGCGAAAAUGGACCCCUUGUUUGUCCCCUUUAUUUAUAGCAUCGGCUUGAUGUACGAAUGUAUUAUAGUUGUACAGUUGCAUCGGUAUGAUGCGUGUCGUAAGCCCGCUUAUGCCCUGCUUUCCUUGCGUUUUUGCAUCGCGCUCUGCUUCCCUCCCCUAUUUUUCUUCUUUUCUCUUCCUUUUCUUUUCCGUGUCUUUUUCUUCCUUUGUCGCUCGUCACCGUUCUUCGUAAGCUUCGCCCGUCCUCGAAAGUCUCGUUUGUUGCCCGUAGUCGCGAAAUACUAUGCGAGCGCACCCCUAAAUUCUACGGACGGUGAAUCGUGAAGAAAUGUAGGAAAACGCCUCUCAAUUGUGCCGGGGGAUCGUCGAUUCAUUGCAGCACAGCGACCGAACUUUCGUUUGACUGAUAAAAUAAAGACGUGGGAUCUCAAUGUUUCUCGUGCAAGAUCCGCGUUCGCGGAUCGAAGUAUUCACGUGCCGAUUUCUUUCAGCACCCUAUACAUGAUCUAGCGAUAUAUUUUAUACCUUGACCGUUCCGCAUGACGAAAUAAAACGCUGAACCUAUUUAUAGCAUUUAUAUUUUUGUAUUUCCUUUACACGAAAUAAUAUAUCGUUUUAUAUUUGAAUUAUAUUUUAAUCGAGUUUUAUAGAGAAAAACCCCCUUUUUCCGGCCUCGUCUCUCCCCGCGCGACCUACGUUUCUUCAUGGGAAUGCAAGCCGAGCUUGGCGUGGUGUGUGAGUUACUUGAAGCGUGAAUUGAGAAUAAUGCUUGAAAUUUGAUAACGAUAUAAUAGCGAUAGCCUGUUAACCGCGAGCCCGAUAAUGAGACUCGUCGAUGAGAGGAAAAGUUGAUAAGUAAAAAAAAUAAGUCAAUCCCUUUUCUAAUCAAGUAGGAGCGAACGAUCGGAUCUACGGUUUUAUAAGAAUCUUUGAUAAAUAUGUGGAUUGAGGAUAUAGCUGAUAAUUAAAUAAUAAUAGUAAUGAUAUUUAAUAGCCGUUUGUAUCGAAGGUGGCUAACGAUUUAUUGACCAAGAUAGGACUGCUAAUUUCUACUUCGCUGAAAUUCCCUCAAAAGCCGCAGUUUCGCGCACUGGGGGAUUCUGGCACUUCUUGGGAUCUGUCCUUUUUAUCCGUGUUUCUUUUUCUCUCCCCCUUUCCGCCUUCGCUUUUUCCUUCCAUUCCCACCCUUUUGUCUUUUUGAUAUUUUAAUAAAGUAACAUGUAUUUAUUUUAUUUCUUCCCGCGUGCGCGCAGUUGAAAAAAGGACAGAUCUCUCCGGUUUCUCGUGGCUCGACGUAAACGGACGCACGAAGAAAUGCGUGUGCGUAGCGAUGGGGAGGAAGGGAAGUGCCCUCGCAGUGCUGCUCGCAAAGUAUCAAAGCCGAAACUUGGCGUGUCCAAAAACGUCUCGCCGACGACGCUGAAAAAUUUAGCCGAUCCCUCCGGAUUCGGGAAACUUAACGUGAUAGAGCCCUCCCCUGCCCCAAUUCCCAUCCGCCCGCCCAUCAAUCCUCGCUCUUUAUCCCGUUAUACGAAUGCGUUUCCACCUUUCCUAAAAUUACGCGUUUAUAAAUGUCGUCAUUUAUAUACAUGUAACGAUUUUUGUAAAUAAUCGGUAUACAUAUAUAAAUAUAAUUAUAUAUAUAUAAAUAUAAAUAAAUAUAUUAUAUAUAUAAAUUAUAUAUAUAUGAAACACGCAACGUGUAAAUGGACGGAACCUGUCUUCGUUGUAUCAAUAGUCUUAUAUCAGACUUGUAUAUGAACGGAGGGACUUUUGAUUAUUAAAAGUUUCCUAGAGUAAAA